CCCCAUGCUGAGAUUCUCAGAAAGAUGUACAAGCCAAGGUGACUCUUGUGGUUUCUUUCAUUGCAGGAAGACAAGCACCAAGAGAGGAUUCCUUAGCCAUCAACAGGAGAACCCUGUCCAACUCAUCUCCCAAUCCAAAAGACUGCAGGAAAGUAUCUGCCUUUUAAAUCUGAACAGGAGACUGAAAACAUAAAGUAAGUAUCCUCAAAAUGAGGGAGCAAAAAAUAUGUUGGAAUGAAAAAUUCAAAGCCUGACGAUAUUGAAGCAAAUAUUUACACUUGUGGUGUGGGCAAAUACAAACCUAGAAGCACCACGAACAUUAUCAGAGAAGUACAAGGAGCUUUGGUUUCAGAAACUCAAGACCAAGCAUUUUCAUUAAUUUACUGUUUGUUUAUUAACUUAUGCCAUUGAUGUCAGGUUUUGUUAUAGCACAGCAUGUCAUAGUUUCCAGAAAUAGAUGCAAAAGACAUGGUUUUGUAAUAAAUGAUUUGAUUUGUAUAAACUAUUAUUUGAUUUCCUAAGCUUACACGUGUAGCAUUUGCUGACAACCCAGAGGAGCAUCUGUCUUUUGGAGAAAUGUAGGGAACAUGAGUAAAAACACUCAAGAGAAAAAAUUGUUGACCAUAAUGUGCUGAAGGCAAAGGCAUCCGACAGCAAGAAUAUGGUGCUUGAAAUGCCUGGUAAUGUCCCACCCAGGCUACUGUGUCCAGGUUUGGGACCCCCAGCUCAGGAAACACAUGGAGCUGUUGGAGCAGGUCCAGAGGAGGGCCACAAAGAAGAUUGUAGGGCUGGAGCACCUCUUCUAUGAAGGCAGGCUGUGGAAUCUGAACAUGUUCAGUAUGGAGAAGUGUCCAGGAAAGACUUCAUUGCAGCUUUCCAGUACUUAAAAGGAGCUCAUAAGCUUAAGUCUUCAGGGAAGACUUUUUAUACAAGUAGACAGUGAUAGGACAAGGAGGAAUGAUUUUAAAUUAAAAGAAGGGAAAUUCAGGUUAGAUGUCAGGGGGAGAUUUUUCAUUGAGAGGGCGGUGAGGCGCUGGCACAGCUGCCCAGAGAAGCUUUGGUGGCCCACCCCUGAAGGAGCUCAAGACCAGGUUGGAUGGGACCCUGAGCAGCCUGAGCUGGUGGGGGGCAGCCCUGCACACAACAGGGGUUGGGUGGAUGGGCUGCGAGGUCCCCUCUAACCUAAGCCAUUCUAUGAUUCUGUGUUCUAUGAAAUGAUUGCUGUAAGUGGCUUAAUCCAAAACCCCGUGGAGGUGAUGAGAUUCUUUGACUUAAAUCAUACUAUUUGUCUCAUUGUGUACCAGGAAUUGAAAGAUGAAAGGCACUACAUGCAAAGGAACUACGGAGGCACAGCCGUUGGAAGGUCUUUCACCAUCCACCAGUUCACACGGACGAGAGCUGCGCUUAGUGUUGGCCUCAAGCUUUAUCAAGCUGUUGUUGUUGAUGUCGACCUGGUUUCUUUUAACUAGAAGCCCACUCAGUGGCCCACAUCUUCUCUUCCUCACAAGCUCUGCUUGGCUCGCGCCUGAAGGAGCUACACACGGUCCGGUGUGAUCGCGAGGCUGUCAGGGAGUCGCUCAGCUUUCCCCUCGUUUACAUGUGUGCGCAGCUCCUGGGGGGCCGCUUCGCAGCCAAGAAAACCCAGCUGCUACCUGCCCUCCCAGAGCCCCAUCCUCCAGCGGCAUGGGGAGGACGCAAGCCUCUGCACAAGCUUCAUCCCGGCGGAUCCGCUGACGGCUGCAAGCAGACGAGCAGCAGCCAAGAGGGCGACGCGAGAAGACCCGCGCCCGGCAGGGAGGACCGAAGGGGCGGCAACCCGGCCCCGAGGGGCGCCCCUUCCCGCCUCCUCGCUCCUCCCUGCCGCGCUCCCGCCUCCCGGCCGCCCCUCGCUGUCUCCCGCUGCGCAGAGCGCCGCGCCGGCGGGGGCAUGGCGAGCCAGCGCUGCUUCGCCAACCGCUUCGAUGACUACGCGGGCAGCCUGGCGGCCGCGCCGGACAAAGAAGCGGCGGUGCCGCUGGUGACGGCCACCAUCGAGCGGAUCUUGAAGGAGCUGCCGCCGCUCGGCGGCGGGGCGGCGGGCGGUCCCCGCGUCUGCCAAGGCGGGCUGUACGGCGGGGUGGCCGGCGUGGCCUACAUGCUGUACCACGUCGCGCAGUGCCCGCUGUUCGCGCCGUCGCGGGAGGCCUACCUGCGGGCCGCCCGGCGCGUGGUGGACGCCUGCCUGCGCUACCAGGAGGCGGGCGGCGAGGCCGACGCCGACACCCGCGCCGCCUUCCUGCUGGGCGGCGCCGGGGUGUACGCGGUGGCAGCCUUGGUGUACCGGGCGCUGGGGCUGCCCGACUUCGCCCGGCCUCUGGGCAAGUUCCGCGAGCUGAGCGAGGUCUGCGCGCCGCUCUCCUUCCUCGAGUGCGGCUCCGACGAGCUGUUCGUGGGACGCGCCGGGUACCUGUGUGCCGCCCUGGUGCUGAAGCAGCGGCUCGGCAUGGAGGUGCUGACCCCAGCACAAAUAAAAUCAAUUUGCCUGGCCAUUCUGGAAUCAGGAAAGCAAUAUGCAGUGAAGAAGAGGAAACCGUUCCCACUCAUGUAUUCCUACUAUGGAACUGAGUAUCUUGGUGCAGCACAUGGACUUUCAUCAAUCCUUCAGAUGUUACUUUCCUAUUUUGAGUACCUGCAGCCAGCAGAUCAGGAGCUUGUGUGGCAGAGUGUUGACUUUCUCAUGGACCAAGAGCAGAAUAGCAACUGGCCUCCUGAGCUGGGGGAGACGAUCGAGCGGGAGAAUGAGCUUGUUCACUGGUGUCAUGGAGCUCCAGGCAUUGCAUAUCUGUUUGCCAAAGCUUACCUGGUUUCCAAGAAGCCUCAGUACCUGGACACUUGUAUCCGCUGUGGAGAGCUAACCUGGCAGAAAGGCCUGCUGAAGAAGGGACCUGGAAUAUGCCAUGGAGUGGCUGGUAGUGCUUAUGUGUUCCUGCUGCUCUAUAGGCUCACUGGAAACUCAAAAUACAUCUACAGGGCCCAAAGGUUUGCAGAGUUCUUAUUUACAGAGGAAUUUAAGGCUGGUUCCCGGGCACUAGAAAGUGUAUAUAGUCUGUAUGAAGGCUUCUCGGGGACUGUGUGUUUCCUGACUGAUUUGCUGCAGCCCAAUCAAGCCGAGUUUCCUCUCUUCAGUGUCUUUGUCUAGAGAACAACAUCAUUCAGGGCUGCAUUCCUGUGGCAAUGGGAGAGGCACCUGUGGUUUCACCUGUUUGUGAGAGGCUAUUUCCAAAACAAGCCAGUGGUACCACUAAUGCUAGCCUUAAUGUAACUGGGAGGCAGGUGAAAGUAAAUUCACUUAGGCUUUGGGUAAGGGAAGCAUGUGAGCAAAAAAAAAGGGGGGUGGGGUCAGUUCAAAAAAGGGGAAGGGGUUGAAUCUGAUGGGGUAGAUAUUUAUCUGUAAUGAAGUAAAAUAUAUUUAAGUGAUAGAGAAAGGAGCGUUAUCAAACUUGGUUUAUCAAAUUUGGUGGCUACACAGGAGAAAAAGCAAGCUAGAAUUAAGGGACAUGCAAAGAAGAAACAAAGUGAUACAUCCAGGAUGUUUGAAAAGGAAACUUGCAAAAGCAAGUCUUUACGCAGUGAUGCACUUUCCAGGGAGGGCGCUGUAGACGUGUCACUGCACUGCACAAAGGCAAAAUCUGGGAUUUUGUACCUCGACCAUGUUUACUAGUACUAGUGCCAUGUAUUAGAAAUAGCUGUAUCCUGGAGCUCUUUUCAUGUGUACGUAAGGAUAGUUCUGUAGCUAGCUAUUUAUGCAGCCUGCAGUUUCAAAGGAUCAUUUAUUUCACUGAGUAGAGUUUCAUGUGUGUAAAUGAGAACUGAAUUUGGCCCUUCCUUUUGGAGCUCAGUCUGUGGUGAGGAGCUGGUCUCCUUACUGGUUUACCCCAACUGUGGCACUCUUACCAAUACUUUCCCUUCUGCAGGGAUAAUUAGUGCUGCCGUGGAGACUUGGAUUGAAAAGUUACAUAGCAAAGACACCACCGGCAGAUGCUUCUUCACAGUACAGCAUUGCUAGGAUAGGUAUUGUUCAGUGAUACAAAAGCUUCCUUUAAAAAUUAAUUACCUUGAGCAGCAUUUCUGAACAAUAACAUACGUAGUUCAGAGAACAGAAGAACAAUUUUCCCAAUGAAUUGUUCAUUCCAAGCCCUGAAAACUGAAUGCAAACCUCUGAUGGCAAACUGAGCUAAAGAAAAACCUGACAGAAAAACUCAAUUUGCUGCUUCUCUUGGUGAACAAAACAAUGUAUGUGCCCAAAUGACUUGUAGCUGUAGAAAUAAAUGAUCUCCUCCAUACUAGUUGCACUAGCACUUAAGGUUGCAAUUAUACUGUUUCAUAUAUAUUAUAUUUAUGAAAUGAUAAUUAAAAGCUAAAGGAAAUGCUAGCAUAGAUUUGUAGUAGAAAAACUAUGAAAACAAAACCUAUAUUUAAAAAUCUUUACUAUUUUUAUUUAUUUUUAUUUAUAUGGGAAUAACGUAAUGCAGUUAUCUUUGAGGACAUAUUGGGAAGGCCACUAUUUCAAAACUUUGCAUUUAGAGUGAAAAAACUGACCUGUGUGCACUGCCGAACAUUGCAGUCUCUCUUCCUGCAUUCUCAGCUGGGGAAGAUUACAGUUUCCUUGUAUUUAAUGCCUAAUGGAUUGAAGUUCCCAUUUAAUUUCAGUGGCUUGAUCAGGCUGUAAGAUAGAGCUAAGUCUUGCAAUCCUGCUGCAUUUUAAUACACUAAUUCCAUUCCUACUCAUGCCACUCAUUACAAGAUGACUUGCAUUACUAUGAGCUGCAGAUUAAUAUUUUUGCUAUUUGUUUUGCACUGUGCAGCUUUAAUUAAUUACCUAAUCAUAGAAGUAAUCGUAUUUCUUUGGUGACAAAAGUAAUGCAGUUCAGCUUAUCAAGUAUUUGGGAAUCUUUUGAUGAAUGUUAAAAUUCAAUAUACAGAUGUUAUGGGUUUAUAAUUUGUGGGAUAAAGGGUCUUUUAAGAAAGCCAUUAAUGUCACUUCCUUCAUCACUGUGAGCAGCGAGAUGCAUACACAUAGGAGCAUGUAUUUCAUAGAGGGGUUUACAUGUGAGGCUUAACUGAGAAUGGAAAGUCCCUGUGCUCUGCCCAGCCAUGUUUAAAUGAACCUGUUAGAUAAGCAGUCAGAUCCUAAGCCCUUUGUGAUUCUUACCUAGUUUCUUUCUGUAAAGCAGAUGGAUAAUCUAUUUUAUAGCUGGAACCUUUUUUAACAAGUUCUUAAGGAAGGUAACACUUGGUCUAUUCACUUUUUCCCUGUGAUCAUUAGUUUUUCAGUCUCCAUUUGUCUUCUAGGGUAGUGGUACUCAGAUUCUAUCUUACUGUAAGAUUGGGUUCUGAUGUGAUCGGGCUCAGGCAGUUGCAAUCCUACACUUAUUGCCAAGUAUUCUAUUUACAGAUGCAAACAUUACAAGGCCUAGUGUCCUGAUAACCACAUAGUCAAAAAACUUAAGCUGAACUUAAGCCUUAACAGAAUCUACACCUAUCAGCACAGUAAUCAUGUCCUCCUGAUUUUGUUCCCAGUGCCUACUUUUUAAUUAUCAUUAAGCCACAGCAUUUAACUGCAUCCAGUUAGAUUUCUUUUUCUCAGGAGAGGCUUGGAGAAGGAAAUCUUUGCCAAAACCUCAAUACAUCUACAGCACAAUAAAUAAAUAAAUGCAGUAAUUUAGACCCUGUCCAAGUCACGAAUGCUGACAUUGUAAUAUAUACCACAGGUGUUAAAAUUUACCAUAAACAAUACGUCUCUGUAGGAUUCAUUCCUUUAGAUUUAGAUGAGAGAAGAUUCAGAUCAUUUAUGAUAUAAAUAAUAGUAACAAAACCACCUGGUCUCGCGGGAUACAUCUUGUAAAAUCUUGGAACAGAUGUAGCAGUUAAAGCUGGUUCUUAUAGCCCUGUUGCUUUCUUUUCUGACCUGGCUGGGAUGAGGGGGAGAUGGGAUGUGCUGUGGUCACAGCUUCUGAACACAGCGUCCAUACACUCCAAGCCUCUUCUGAAAUUGCCACUCAUUAGUCAUUAAGUGGACAUGGGUUUUCACCUUUUAAUACUCUUCAAUUUCCUUUUCAACUUUUUUUUUUUUUAAUUGUUUACAUAAAUGCUGUUGCAACCUUAAUUUGUUGCAAUUAAGACAUGGACAGGAAAGCAACCUGACUAGAGCCUUCAGCACUUUUAAUGUGAUAAAAAAAAUCAGGUCCUUCGUGUUCCCUCCAUACUGCUUGGGGAAAUCAAUCGUUUGUUCUUAGCUGGGUAUUCUCAGCUGGAUGCUAUUUCCUCCUGCUCCAAUCAAACCUAAGAGACUGGAAGACCAUAUUCCCAAAUAGAUUCUGCCACAGCGCUGUGACAAAAGACUGCAUUACCAGAAACUUCAGAAGCCUCUUUCAAAGUGUAAAACACAAGUUACCAAGUCACCUGUGCACAUCAGUCUCUCUGCUUUGUUAAGUUUCUAAAGUGUAGACAAUAGGACUUUAAGUGAUACCAUAGUAUUUCUGAUUAUGCUGUUAAAGCCCAGAGGAUGCACUGUGUGGGUACUGGUGCUUAUUUGUGAUGUGCAUGUGUUCGUGUGGUGCUGUCUGUGAGUAAAGCUGUAGAUUACAAACCAGUUUAAGGAGCUAUAUACUAUUCAUGACUUUUGGUAGGCCAUCUAUAGGUUACUGUUGUAGAAUAAUUUUGAAGGAAAUUAGAUCUGUGAUGUCAAGAUUUAGUGAUAUUAGGACUUGUAGUGCCACAUGCAAUAUGUUUCAGCAAUAGUACAGUUCUAACAAAUAUAUCUUUAUUUUUUCCUGCUAUUCACAACUUAUCAGCAUGACAGUAUUCUUGUUUUGUGCUACUGCUUUCAGUAUCUCCUCUGUUUGCACCGUUGGUUCUUUCACUUUCCCCACCUUUCUUUCCCAGUCUAUGAAUAAGUCUGGAAGGCUGAACAAGCAGCCCAUGCCUUUGUUCUUGAAAAUUAAAUCAAUUAAUUUUGCUGAAGGGGAAUGUUCCACUUAUUUGCAUUACAUUAUUUUUAGACUCCUAGGUGGUCUUUUCUCACUUUUCUCACAUUUCCUACCUACUAAGGAAAAAUCAUAAUACUGUAGAAUAACUUUCAUUGAUGAUAGGCAUUGUUAAAUAAAACAGAAGUGUGUUCACUUCUCUGUAUCUCAGUUCUACUGACAAUCAGAAAUAAGUGGAAUGGAUGAACAUCUCAGAGCAAGCAUUUAAAUAGUUCUGGGAAAUAUGCACAAAUGAAUGCAACUGAAGUGAUCACUGUUGUCACUACUCGGUGAAAUUAAGUAAUGCCACUUUGAUGUUCUAGUAAUAAGUAUAUCAACAUACAGAUAAUAUGACAAUUAUAUUGAAUAGUUGUUUGUUUGGUUUUUUAAUUCUAUGGGUAUCUUAGUGGUCUUUUCCAACCUUCAUAAUCAUAUUACUCUAUAAUUCUAUGAAAGAAAAAAUAUAGGUAGGUAUCUGAUGUGUUCAGAAACAUACAGGUACAAACAAUGAAAAUGUUCACAAGCAAUCAGUCUUUUUUACUUACAGCAUUAUCUGCAUAUACAGUAACAGCAUCUGCCAACAUCCUGCAUGUGUUAUGAAAACAGAGAACAAUUUUAGCAUAUGCAUGCAUUUUGAGGCUAUAUCCUUGUUACUUCUUUUGAAAUUUUGACCUGUAAGAUCCAUGGACAGAGUGCAUCUCUGAGGUCUGCCAAAUAAAUCUCAGGUGCAGUAAUCUUCUCCUACAUAGACUGAAUACUCACUGACACGAGUGCAUACUGUAAUCUGUAGGAAGUAGUUUAUCAGGGGUAAGAAUUGUUCUGUGGAUUGUAAAGAGCAAUCUUCCUGUGAAGAAAUACACAGGUGAGCAAUUGCUGGCUAUCAGCAAUCUUGCGAUUGCUCUGAGAAGAUAUCUGAGUUUAUAUAAUGUCCUGGAUUAAGCAGUAAGCAGCAUAAAGCCAAAUUAAAAAUAAAUAAGAAAAUGACCAAAAAUCACAUGAUUGAGGGAACAACAUAACUCAAAGCCAUAAUCCAAAAAUGCUCAGGGCCCAAAACAAGACAGCAAUUCAAGGGUGUGAACAGGCAUUUUCCAAGAGAAUAGCACAGUUUGAGUCAUUGCCACUGUAGCAAAGUUACCAUAUGCUGAAAAAAAUCUGCCUAUGAAGGAAUUGCCUGUAGCUAAACCUACUGCCUUCUAUCAUUUAAUAGAAUAAAUGUACACUAUGGAUGCUUAAACAGUUAAAAAAAUACCCAGAAAACUAACAUGCCCAAACUUCUUGACUUGUCUUUCACUUAUUAAAUUUUCUGAUCACUUGUAUUGUCAUUGGCAUCACUGUUGGUUCUAUACUCUAUAUAUUUAAAAAUCAUGCUCUGGAAGAAAUCCAUCCAUAAAUAGCAGUCUGUCUGAAAACACAUAAGACAGCAUUUAUCCUUAAUGUGUACAAGGAAGUCUCUUGAUAUUGUUCAUUGUGUGACCGCUCAAAGAGAAGAUGGAGGCAUUUAGGUCAAGCGCAGAAAUACCAACUAAAAUGAUAGAAAAUUCCUUAAAAACUUACUUUGCCUAGUGGUAAAAUGGUAUUUUCAUGAAAGAUACUUUAUAGUGCAGUGAUACUCAUCAACACCACUGCAUGUCCAUACAUAACCAGGUUGGACAGAGUUUUGGGCAUCCAGGUCUAAUGGGAGGUGUCCCUGCCCAAUGCAGGGCUGGAGCCAAGGCAGUCUUUAGGGUUGCUUCCAACCCAAACCUUCUAUCAUUCAUGCACACUACCCAGAAAAUUUCACAUAGAAGUCCUGAAUUUAAUAGUAUCCUGUAAGUGAACAGAAAACAAAUCCUAUUCAAAUACUGAAUUCUAUUUCAUAUAGAAGAGAAAGGCUGCCUGACCUGAAAUUAAGCUCUGCUUUUGUCUUCAUUACCAUUACCACACAAAAGGAGAAGGUUUUCUAACAAAGGUGUAAUUUUGCCACUGAUUUGACCUCAUGCUCUCGUUUUAGGGGCCAGAUAUGCAACCCACUUACGUCGGUGGUGAAUCUCCAUUCGAUUUCAGGCAUGCAGGGUUACAUCCUUCCACAUGUGUGAAAUUGGGGCAAAACUGCAUCAUUCUGGGCCCCAAACCUGCAAACUUUCCUCAGUUCAAGUCCCAUGGAAUUACUGAUACUUGCUCAUAUGUUAAGAGGAAAGCCAGCAUACACAGGGUCCUAUCUGAUAGCAACUUUAUACCCAUUUUUGCUCAAAAUGUCUGCUAUAUGCAUGAAAGCCAAUACCAAUAAAAAGUACAGGGAACUUCCAUGACAUUACUAAUAAAAGGUGUUACUUUAUGUCCAGUUUCUGUUAGUUACACUUCAAUAUAUUCCAAUAUUGUGUUGAUUUCUUGAGUAUAUGCUACAUCCUAGAGUCAUGUCUCAGUGGAAUAGCUAUUUGCAGCCAUACUGUUGUACAGUCUCUUCAGAAUCAAGAUUGAUUUGAUUCUUUAGAAAUGCACCUUAUUGUUUAAAAGCAGGACACCUGCUCUUCUAAUGUUUAAACACUGUGAUCUUACAGAAUGUGUUUAUUGUAUUAGUUUUGUAUUGUAGAUUAUGAUAGAAAAUAGAUUUUAUAGCUUUUUAAAAGCAGUGACAAUACUAAGCUUCAUAGUGGCAGAACAAACUGUGUAUAUCCAUGAUAUUAAUAUUAAAGCUGUGAUUAUAUUUUGCCUUAAAUAAAAGCCCAACCUUGAACUGUA